GUAUACCCCCGCAGCCCCCGCGAGGCGGGGGGGCCCCGGCCCCCCUCAUAUGAGAACGGGCCCCCUACCUCUAUACCCCAAAGCGGCCGCCGACAGCAUGUUAGAUUUCUACUAGAGCGGCCGCGGCCGGCCGCAAUUUUGAAAGACACUACAUGAAAUAAUACUGCGCCAGUGGAUACAUGAACAACUUACUUUUAUUUUGAAACCCGGAAAUUGGGUGUGUUGUCAUUGACUUUUCUGAAGUAUUUCUUAGCUAAACCUCGCUACUGACUGUGACUGAUCGCCUGAAGAUUACAGUGUUUCAGAUGCCGUCGUGGCUAGCAAUCAGAGCAGACACAUCUCUUCUCACAGGAUGAGACCGUAUUUUUGUGCACCAAUGAUGACAAAUCAUCACGUUUGUAUGGCAGUGAUGUAAGAAAAGUCUAAAUAAAAAAUACCUAUUCAAAAUAGUAAUAUUAGUAUCCUCCUGUUUGCUCUGACUAGCUAAAGUCUUCGUAUGUCGCAGAAGUGUUGGUUUAUAACUAGCACAGCCUCAUCGUUCUCUAAAUUGGUAAGACAUCGCCAGAUCAACGACAUUUGAAUGGAUUGUAAACCCAUGGCACUUUUAUGUUCAGAGAUAUGUAACAUUUAAUUAUUGGUCUGUAUGGGACGUUCAAAAAAGCUAAUUUUCGCGUUACCGCUUAUGGAAAUGUCUGUCACUUCGUGACUUUCGCAACCUCCAAAGCAAGCUCCCGCGUCUGUGGGUGAAAGCUAUUUUGUGCACAAGUAACAACGAUGGUAAUCAGAUGUGUUUUCUGUUUAUGAAAGUCUGAAGAAACGUAUUUUAAAAUGUUUUAUCGUUCGUCAUCUCACUUUUCAUGCCUAGUUUGCCAGCAAACUUGCUAGCUUGUCUUGUAUUUACUUGUCUUAGACUGAGGUAAUAUUAGUCUGAUGAGUUCGAGGUUGAUACUAGCUAGCUAUUGAAUGCAUCAGCCUCAUCGCUUACUAAACUGAUCAUAUUUAGAUAAAUGUAUAGAUAAACAUGUAUAGUUAAAAAAAACUGUGAAAAUGAGUCACUGUUUCAUUCUCACUUCUAAUUAUUCUUCGUUUGUGUCUACUAGUACAAGUUAUUCAAAUACUCUCCAUUCUUUUUUUUUAGCUGUAAGCUCAUUGUAAAAGCAGUAGCUGUGUUGUAUACAGCUUUCCCGGGCCGCUAGGGGGGGCCCGUGUUCGUCUCCCGAUAUGAUUCAAUGCACGAAAUAUGCGAUCUAAUAUUACGCGCCAUUUCACCGCAGAAAUGAAGCGCACCAGAGAAAAAAGUGGUGCUCAAAAGCGACAAAACAAAAAGAAAAGAGAUGAAUUUACAUCCACACUGCCCAAAAUUUCAUCUGUUUUUGGGAGAGUGCAGCCUAACUCUCCACUUCAGGAUGCACAAUCAGGUAGGGUCGUGGAAAAAAAAAACUAGCGCAGUUACAGUAAAACGAGGCAGUGGCCUGAGGCAGCCUCUAGCCUCCACUAGCCUCCAUGCAAGCUAAGCAUCAAAGUUACGUUUUGUAUUGAAAAGAAGUAAAUAACAUGUGACAAUUAAACAAAGAGAAAAAAAUACUUAAGUAAAACGUCUAAUUGUUUCUCUCAUUUAAAACGCAAGGGAAUUGGAUUUUCAUCCAUCCGUCCAGAAAUGUCUUAAGCUAACAUGUAGGCCCCUACAGCUCCCUCGUAGGCGUCUGUGUUAAAAACUUGCGGAGAAUUUGUGACAUGGCCGUGAGAACCCAAAAUAAGUUCUGAAAUGCAAUCGGACUCUUCAAAGGGUUAGCAGCAGACGAGGAGGGAGGGAUCGCUGCGCAUCAGACAGACGCUGAAAUCACAGGCGCAUGCCCUUCUGCAUCGGAUGAGGAAGAUGCCGUGCAUCGGGUGGCUGCUGAUGGCAGAGAUAGGCAUACCGCAGGUGCAUCGGAUGAGGGAGGAGAUGCCGUGCAUCAGAUGGCUGCUGAUGACAGAGAUGCGUGUACCGCAGCCGCAGGUGAGGAAGAUGUCUCUGGAUGUGCCGUUGACUCUUCUUCAACUGAGGGAGAGACCAUUACGGGGCCUGAAGAAGAAAUCCGGGACAGCGAGAAUGUUGGGAGUGGGACUUCUUCUGAUCUUGAAUGCGCUGUUGAUAGGCCUUCUGAUCCUUACCCUAGUGACAGGGCUAAUUUCCCUGUUGACAUCUCUGACAGUGAUGUUAAGAGAUCGAUUAUAAAGCAGGGGCCAUGCAAAUACGAAGGCCCCUAUCCGAGGGAUGCUAGAGGCAGGUGCUUUUCUAAAGAGUACUAUAACCGUGUGUCCAAGAAAGGUACACAGAUAUCACGCAAAUGGUUGUGUUACUCUCCUAAAAUGGAUCGUGUGUAUUGCCAGUGUUGUUGGUUGUUUGGUGACAGAACGUCUGUGGGCCAUAAUUUGGCAUGGACAACCGGGAUUAAUGACUGGCAAGGUCUUUCGCGGAAGAUCAGAGAGCACGAACAUGCCCGUUGCCACUUGUCAGCCUGUGUUGUGUAUGAUACAUGGCAGCAAAAUGUAACCAUCGACGAAAGGAUUUCAUCUGAUUUCAAAAGUGAGGUUAGUUUUUGGUCAGAUGUUUUAAAAAGGAUUGCUGACGUUACAUUAACCCUUGCGUCCUGUAACUCCGCUUUCCGUGCGCACCACGAGAAACUAGGAGAAAUCAAUAAUGGAAACUUUCUGGCCCACAUCGAACUCCUUGCGCGUUACGACCCCGUGUUGGAGAAGUUGAUCAGAAGUAAAAGUAAAAUCAAAUACUUAAGCCCAAAAAUUCAAAACGAGAUGAUCUCAAUCAUGGCACAAACUGUCUUAGACGAAAUAGUGAAAGAAAUCCAUGAGGCAGAAUUUUAUUCGGUCAUAUUAGACACAACACAAGACAUUUCCAAAGUGGAUCAGCUAAGCCAAGUGCUCCGCUAUGUCACGAUUCCUAAAGAUGACAAUGAUGUGCCCUCAGACGUGCAAAUUCACGAGAGUUUCAUGGGUUUCCAUUCAGUCCACGACCAAAGCGCACACGGCUUAGAAAAAAUUAUUCUCGAGCUGUUAGAGAUGAAAGGAAUCUCGGUCAAUAAAUGCAGAGGACAGGGAUACGAUGGCGCAGCCACAAUGAGCGGGGUCUACUCUGGCUUACAAAAAAGAAUCUCGGAUAGGGAACCAAAUGCAAUGUACGUUCAUUGCGCUUCUCACAAUCUAAAUCUAGUUUUAAACGAUGCGUGCCAGAAUGUGGCAAAGGUGAGAGCGUACUACGAUACAGUAGAGAAACUGUAUGACUUCUUCAGCGCAAGCAUUAAACGUUGGGAAAUUUUGGAAGUGCAGUUCAAAGUGGCAGGGCAGCCAACUCUUAAACGUCUAUGCCCGACACGUUGGGCAUCCAGAAAUGAUGCGGUGCGCGCCCUUCGGUUUCGUUACCCAGACGUAAUGAAAGCGCUCACUAAAAUAUCCCUGCUGUCCAAAAAACCCAAAGAACGCGCGGAGGCCACUGGUCUCAAAGCCAGCAUGGAAAAUUUUGAAUUUGUGUUUCAAACGGUCAUACAGGGUAAAAUUCUUGAGUCAGUCCACAUUGUUUCCCAACAUCUCCAAAAACAAAACGUGGACAUACUACAGGCAAGCCAGUAUCUCUCAAGUGCGUCUGACAGCCUUGCGUCACUCAGAGGUGAAUAUGACAGCCUCAAAGAAGCUGCCCAAGACCUGGCCAAAUUGUGGGGUAUCUCUCCUGUAUUUCCCGAGAAACGCAACAGGCGUACGAAAACCUAUUUCGACGAAUUGUGUGAGGACGAAAGGCUUACGAAUGCAGAGGAGAAUUUUAAAGUGUCGGUCUUCUACGCCACUUUAGACAUAGUCGUUGCGCAGGUGGGUCGCAGGUUUGAAAGCAUGCGAGAAGUGGCACGAAGGUUUGGGUUUUUACGCCCCGAGGAACUCAUCUCGAAAUCCGAUGGUGAGUUAUAUGCAUCAGCAAGUACUCUGGCUGCGCAAUAUAAUGACGACUUAUCUGCUGAUUUUCCUGAUCAGAUCCUCAGAAACAUGGCUGGGGGAGGAGAUGUGAGCAGCGAUGAUUUCUCUGGCUUGGAUGGUCACAUCCUCCCCCGCAAAGUUAAUACCCCAGCCUCAGUGCAAGUGGAGCGGGGCCAGAUCCCAGAUCAGUACACUGGGCUCGACUGUAGCCAGGCACCGAGGAUCAAUGCAUCACCUAAAUAA